AUGGAGGGUUCGGCGACAGGGGGAAAUCACGGAGGCGAUCCUCGCGCCGAGCAUGCCGCAACCAAGGAGUCCGAGGAGGCGGCAACGCAACACCAUCUGACGCUGCUCCAGCCGAGCGUGGUCGAAGUUUCUGCAGCCGUGUUGGAUAAGGACAAGGUGGCACAGCACGAGUCGGUGGGGCUGGUCGGUGGCUCUCCUCCUUCUGGUGGACGGGGAAGGCGUAGGCAAAGGAAGAGCGAUGGGGAGGAGGAUGAUGACACCGCCGUGCCCGGGGACCUCACCACGCGGGCGAAGAGGCGCCAGACGACAGGUAGUGCUGACAACGCCGGAGGCGCGGAAGUUGACACACCGCGAGGCGCCAAGGAAGCUAGUGGCAAGGCGGGCGAUCAAGCAUUGCGCCAGAAGGGCCGCCCCGCAGCAAGAAAAGCAUCUGGCGGAAGGAGAGGCAAGAAAGCAGCGACAGGAACGAGGCCGAAACGGGGCGAUGAAGACCCCGGUGAUACGGAGGAGGAGGAGGAUGAGGAGGAGGAUGCGGAGGGAGAGGAGGAUGAAGAGGAAGCGGAGGAGCAAGACGCGGAUGUUGGGGAGGAUGCUAAAGAUGAGAAUGAUGGCGGGGAGGACGAAGAGGAGGAGGAGGAGGAGGAGGAGGAGGAGGAGGAGGAGGAGGAGGAGGAGGAGAAGGAGGAGGAGGAGGAGGAGGAGGAGGAGGAGGAGGAGGAGGGGGAUGAGGAGGAGGAGCAGGGUGACGAGGAGGAGGAGGAGGAGGAGGAGGAGGAGGAGGAGGAGGAGGAGGAGGAGGAGGAGGAGGAGGAGGAGGAGGAGGAGGAGGAGGAGGCAUCAGAGAAGGAGGAGGAGGAGGAGGAGGAGGAGGAGGAGGAGGAGGAGGAGGAGGAGGAGGAGGAGGAUGUGGCGCCAGGGAAGAGACGGGGCGGGCGUGGCGGUCGGGUGAGUGGGACAGGGAAGGAGGGGGGCCGGACUCGCCCUUCCCGAAAACGCGGGGCAGGUGACGCUGCGCGCGGCGAAGCAGCGGGCAAACCGAAGGCGCGUAAGGUGAAGGUCGAAAGUGAAGGGGUUGGUAAAAAGCAAGGGAGCCAGGGUGCAAAAGGGGAUGGAGGAGGAAAGGGUGGCCGCGCCAAAGGGGUUCGAGUGGGUACCGGCAAGAAGGAACCUGCCGGUGAAAGUGAGGAGCACGAGCAGUUUGUUACACGGGAGGAGUUCCAGGCGCUGCGGUCUGAGAUGUACGCCAUGUUUGCACAGCUCGGCCUGCGUCGUGGAGUACCUGCCAGCUAUGCCGGCGGGUCGGCAGCCCUGCCUAUGGCUGGUACCCCGCCGCCGAUGAGCGCCGUGGACAAGGCACGAGUGCUAGUGUUGCAGGAGACAAACCCAUUCCCGGUAUGUGGCGGGCCAAAUGGGGCGGGUUGGGGUUGA